AUGGUGCACUUCGCGGCUUCUCGAGCGUGCUUUUGGUGGACGAGCGACAAUUUCCGACGACUGGAGAGAUUUCCGAUGGUGGACUCCUUUGUCUUCUCCCCGUCGCACAAUUCUCGGUCGCGGAAGAUGGCGGUAGAUCGGACGAUUUCAUGCGUUUUUUAUGUACUCUUCGAGACCGUACGACGAUUUUCGAUGGUUGAUGGUGGAGAUGGCGGACGCGCGGGAAGAAGACGAUGGGCGCGUGGAUUGGGAGUUGUUGGAGCUUUUAAUGGCGUUAAUGAUGGGAUAAAUUUCGUAAGAAAUCCGGCCAUUUACACCUUUUUCCGGCGAGCUUCGACCACCGAAAGCUCCUUCGAGCCACGUCGAGCGGCCGCCUGCUCGAGUCCACACGGCCCGGCGUCCGCACAUCUUCACCGAACCACAGCCGCGCACCACCGCUCAUACACAACUCCCAUUCGCAGCUGCUCCACAGUGUCCAUAUGCCCGGCGUUCACUUGCACCCGCGCGUCUGUACACAGCGAGCCAUCCUCUACUAGCACAGCCUGUACGAUCUCGUUCAGCCCUUGCGCGUGUCGUAUGCUCAGGGCCUCGCCGCGUCCGUACAUUCAUGUUCAACCAUCGCGCGUCCAGCCCGAGCUGGCCACGACCGACCCACGCUCGUCUAGAUCCAUGACCUGCGAACCAGAACCGAACCCGAUCUGUACCAGCUGA